AUGGCUCGCCGGCUCGUCCGUACGGGCGUACAGCUCGGCCUACUCGUUUCAUUUGUCCUCCUCGUUGUUCUGUUCCUCGAUAAUCGAUUCCGUGUCCUCCCCGAGUCCAUCCAUGGCCACCUGCCUAUGCACUAUUCCGGAUACGUGAUCACCGAUGUUACAAUCAUUAAAUGUUCCUCACUCAACCCUUUCUCAACUUGCAACACGGACCUCGAUCUUUGGCACCGCGUCCACAAAGAUCUCUACCUGCGCUCGGGCUGGACCUCGACUGCCUAUAUUCAAUUCCAGCGGAAGAAGGAAGAGGAGUUGGGUCCAGAUGACCGAGUCGUUAUUGAUAUGAAAAUCAGUCGACUCACCCCACCGACCGAUUAUAGCGCCGCCAAUAACGCCAAAGGAGAGGUUGAGUCCUGGGAGUCCCGGCCAGGCGGUAUUUGGUUAAAGCGAUCCUCUUCACGCCACGCCAGCGAUUCGGAAAAGGCAGUAACAUACAUCGACGUCCUUUUUGGCGCAGAUGCUGUGGAUCCUCGUCCAAAUUGGGAGGUCAAAGAUACUCCUCUAUUGUUGGAUGGCCGGACGGAGAAAUUGGAGACUCGUCUCAGUAUUCGACGCGGAAACCCCACUAAAAGCAAGAGGCCUAUUCCCAGGAUUAACGAACACGGAAAGUUCAAGGUGAUGCAACUGGCAGAUCUUCAUUUUAGCACUGGUCUUGGUGACUGCCGUGACCCUGUCCCAGUUGAAACUACGCCAGGGCAGAAGUGUGAGGCCGAUCCUCGAACCUUGGAGUUCGUGGAACGUCUCCUCGAUGAGGAGAAGCCUGAUAUGGUUGUGUUCACCGGUGAUCAGGUCAAUGGCGAAACUGCGCCUGAUGCCCAGAGUGCGCUUUUCAAAUCCGUGAAACUUCUUGUCGACCGCAAAAUUCCCUAUGCAGCCAUUUUUGGUAACCAUGAUGACGAAGGCGACCUCAGUCGGGCACAACUCAUGUCAAUAUACGAAGACCUACCCUACUCCCUUGCAACCGCAGGCCCCGAAGACAUUGAUGGGGUCGGAAACUAUAUUGUUGAGGUUCUCGACCGUGGAAAGAGCCAACACUCUGCUCUCACUUUUUAUCUCCUUGACACACAUUCCUAUUCGCCUGAUGAACGCCAAUUUAGGGGCUACGAUUGGAUUAAACCAAGUCAGAUUCGUUGGUUCAAAAACACCGCCCAGAGUUUGAAAAAGAAACACCGGGAAUAUUCCCACAUCCACAUGAAUGUGGCUUUCAUUCACAUUCCACUCCCUGAGUACCGAAGCACAGACAGAUAUUGGAGGGGCCAAUGGAAAGAAGCCCCAACCGCACCUGGAUUCAAUUCCGGAUUCAAGAAUGCUCUCGAAGAAGAGGGCGUUCUAUUUGUCACUGCGACCAUGCCAAUGACUAUUGCAUGUUGGAUCAAGAUUCCAACGAUAAACCCUCCCUUUGGAUGUGCUACGGCGGUGGUGCUGGCAUGGGGGGGCUACGGUGGUUAUGACAACUACGUUCGACGAAUUCGUUUCUUUGACUUCGACAUUGGCCCCGGCCGUGUGACGACCUAUAAACGUCUUGAAUGGGGCCAGACUGAGGCCAAACUCGAUGAUAUGAUGAUUGUCGACGGGGGCGCUGUCAAAGGUUCCAGCGAAUCAUAUUAA